AAACAUGUAAAAAUAUGCCAGAAUAUGUUUAAAUAGGUUUAUAAAUUGAAUUUCUCAAAAAUAUUUUUAUCUUUGUGUAAGCGAUGUCAACAACAUUGCACGAAUUUUCUUCAUAACGGCGUGGUAAACAACAGGUUAAAAGAUGAGUGGGUUGAUACCCCCUGCCCAGGUGCAGCAACUGAAGAUGUUUGUUCAGGCCUGUAAAAGUAAUCCAAACAUCCUACAUGUACCGGAACUGUCAUUCUUAAAUGACUGGCUUGUAAGCAUGGGAGCCAGUAUUCCACCACCAAGUGCUGAACCAUCUACUCCACCCCCUCAGCAAGAGCCCAAGCCACAGGCAGCUCCAAUGGAACCAGAGCCCGAACCUGAGCCUGAGAGUGAAGAAAGUGAUAUUGAACUUGACAACACUGGUGUAGUAGAAGAUCCUGAUGAUUUUAUGCCAGAAUAUCCUGUUCUUGGUGGUGAAGUUACAGAGGAAAUGAUGGACCAAGCUACUGAUAAAAGAAAUGAAGCUAUGGCAGCAAUGAGUGAUGGAAACCUUGAGGUUGCUGUACAUCUGUUCACAGAGGCCAUCAAAUGUAAUCCUAAUUUAGCAAUAUUGUAUGCAAAAAGAGCUAGUGUAUAUAUUCGUAUGAAGAAAUUGAAAGCUGCCAUUCAUGAUUGUGACAAAGCAUGCCAGCUGAAUCCAGAUGCUGCGUCAGGUUUUAAGUUUAGAGGGAAAGCACGAAAAAUGCUGGGACAGUGGGAGGAUGCGUAUCAUGAUUUAACGCAAGCUGCUAAACUAGACUAUGAUGAUGACAUCAAUGAAAUGUUGACACAAGUGAAACCUAAUGCUAUGAAAAUUCAACAACACAAGAGGAAGUAUGAGCGUAAGAGGGAAGAGAGGGAAUUACAGGCAAGAAAAGAACGUGUGCGAAAAGCCAAGGAGGCACAGGAGAAAGCCAGACAGGAAAGUCAGAGUUCAGGUAAUAGUCCAGGUGGUUUCCCAGGGGGAUUCCCUGGGGGUUUCCCAGGUGGGAUGCCUGGGGGAUUCCCUGGUGGGGGAAUGCCAGGAGGAUUUCCUGGUGCCGGAGGAUUCCCAGGGGCGGGAGCUUCGGGUGGGGCUGGCGGGAUGCCUGACAUCAGUAAACUGCUGCAAGACCCAGAAAUACUGACUGCAUUCCAGGACCCAGAGGUAUCACAGGCGUUUAUGGACGUGAGCCAGAACCCAGCUAAUAUCUCCAAGUACCAGAACAACCCAAAGAUUCAGAAGAUAAUCCAGAAAAUGUCGGAAAAGUUUGGCAUGUUUGGAGGAGCUGGAUCGGGACAAGGAGAAGGGGGUCAGGGUGAAGGGCCAGGGGGUGCUGGUGGGGCAGGAGGAGCAGGGGCUCCACAUUCCCAGCCUGACCUUGGAGUUGAUUAAAUGACAGGGACCAUUUGGAACAUGUAAACGUAAUCUACCCUUUCACACCAAAUAGAAGAGGAUACAAUCAACGUAUGCACAAAGUUCCUGUAAAUAUGUUCAAGUUGUGGAUUUCUUCAUUAUUGACUGUUUUAGAGACUUGUUGUGAAACUUGUUAAUGGCAAGAAUUUGUUACAGAAUUAUUAUUGAAACAGUUUUAAAUUGAACAAAAACUGUUUUGUGUUAAGCAGAACUGAUAAUCAUAGAUUAUAUGGCCAAGAAUUUAUUGUGACUGUAUAUGAUGUUUCCUAUUCUUUCCGAACUUCUUUUCCAUUUCGUGUUGCAGUAAUAUCACAUUAUAUGAAAUACAAUAUUCCAUUGAUUUAAUAAGAGAACCUGUGGCAGAAGUUCAUUUGUUGUAUUUUAACAUGAUUGCAUGUAUAAUAAUUAAAUAACAAUUUUUCAAUUAUUUUCCUACUCACAUUUUGAAAAUUGCAUUGCCUUUUGUAUUUAAGGUAGUUUUAAAUGAAAUAGCUGUGUUUUUUCUCUUUCACAAUUUUAUGUAUAUAUAGGGGUAUUUUUCACAUACUUUGGGAUUGUAUUACAGUCAUGUGACCUAAGCAUUACAUUUUCGUUGGAGAGGGAGGAAAAUAUUAAUCUGUGUGUUUCCUAUAUCACUAAUAUAUUCCAACGGACAAGAUAAUUUGUAAAUGCAAAUUUCUUUGUGCUAAAAUAUCUACAUCAGGAGUACUAUACACAUGUAGUAAACUAAAAAUAAUCUUAGAAUUUCUUAAGGUUUUCCAAAGAAAAAUUAUACUGGUAUGUAAGUUUCCUUGUUUUAUACCAUGAUUGGAUAGAGUUAUCCUACGCAGUGCUAUUUACAGUAGCAGACAGUUUUGAACUUCCUUUCAGAGAAUUGACAAAAACAUUUGAAAUUCAAUCAUUAAUGACUAUUAUAAGCAGUUUGUUCAAAGCAUACAAUGUUUGACUGGAUAAAGCAUAAAUUAUUACCGACUUUUUGUGCCAUAUUUUGACACUGGAAUAUCGUAUUUUAUGAACUUUCUAAUAAUCAUAAUUAUAUAUAAAUUAUUUUUAGUUUAUGAUGGUGAAAGUACAGAUUUCCUGUGUACACAUAAUCAUUUUUGACAAGCAUGAUGUAGACUCAAGUUCAUAAUUGAGCCGCACCAUGAGAAAACCAUGAGAAAACCAACAUAGUGCAUUUGCGACCAGCAUGAAUCCAGACCAGCCUGUGCAUCCACGCAGUCUGAUUAGGAUCCAUACUGUUCGCUUUCAAACCCUAUUGCAAUUAGAUGAACCGUUAGUGAACUGUCUGGAUCUCCCAUGCUGGUCGCAAAAGCAUUAUACUGGUUUUCUCAUGAUGUGUCUCAAUUAUGAUUAUGGUUACAGUGUAUUAAUGGAGACGGUUAGCAUUUUCCAGUAAAUUGCUGUUUUUCAGAAUUGUAGAAAUAUAUUGAGAUUUUUAGGAUUUAAUUUUAAGAUUUGCUGUGAACUACUUUUUUUUCAUGACAGCUAACACACCAAGUCAUGCUUUCAGUUGUGUAACUAAAAACAGUAGUGUGCUUCUUUAAUUUAGAGUCGAACUCAUUUAGCAAUCCUGUUGUAUCAUUUUACUACAUAAAUUACGAGGAUUGAUCCAGAAGUAAUAUCAGUGCGGCAGUAGCGCAGGGGAAAAUAAUGUUUCAUUUGUAAACAGAAAAAAAAAACAAAGACUAAAAAAUGUGCAGAAUCUUACAAUAUUAUACAAGGAAGGUCUUUCUGCCAUCUGCUGAUAAACUUCAGUUUUAAAUGCAGGUUAAAGUUCACCGAGAGUGCUUGUAACUACUUAGCGACAAAAAAAGGAAUUUCUGACGUCGGUAACCAUCGGUGACUUGCAGCAAUUGCCCUAAUCAUGUUUUCACUUGGCAAGUAGAUUUUGAUGAUAAGAAUGUAUUAUAAAUAGAUUAAUGUACUGGGAAUGAAUUUUGUUUUCUGUAUAUCAUACAUAUUAUUUUGUCUGCAGUGAUAUUGGUUUUGGAUCAACCCUCGUACAUGAAUGGUUGUGUGCAUGUUUUAGUAAUGUAGAGUUUUAUCUCUUCAUAAGAAGUUUUGUAACCCAUUUUCUCGUAAUAAAUAUCUUCGCACA